AUGGAUCUUGAUUUGGCGCUUCGUGAGAAUGAACCACCCAUUUCCAUGGAUUCUAGUUUGUCAAAUAAAAAGGCUGCUUAUGAGCAGUGGGAGCAAUCUAAUCGCUUAAGUUUGACGCUCAUUAAGUCACAUAUCAAUCAAAGCAUUAGGGGUUCAAUCCCUGAUUGUGACAGAGUCAAAGCUUACGCGAAAGCAAUUGAUGAACAAUUUGUAAGUUCUGACAAGGCUUUGGCUAGCAUCCUUAUGAAGAAAUUUGCAAGCAUGACACUUGACAAAAGUAGGAGUGUGCACAAGCAAAUUAUAGAAAUAAGGGAUAUUGUAGCUAAACUAAAGUCCCUUAAAGUUGAGAUUUCUGAAUCAUUUCUUGUGCAUUUCAUUCUCAACUCUUUUCUAUCGGAAUAUACUCCAUUGAAGAUCUCUUAUAACACACAUAAAGACAAAUGGUCAAUUAAUGAACUCUUGACCAUGUGUGUUCAAGAGGAGAAGAGAUUGAAACAUGAGACACUAGAAAGUGUUCAUCUUAUGACUCAUGGUAAAGGAAAUACAAAGAAAGGAAAAGGCAAGAAUGUUCUUAUGAGAAAAAGAUGGCAAUAA